AUGAAGCGCUUCUUCCACCUGCCAGCGUCGCCCUCGAAGCGCAAGUACGAGGUCGAGCGCUCCAAGCUCGAGACCGCGCUGUUCGACAUCGAGGCCAAGAAGCAGGCGCUCCUCGCGCCGACGGACGCGCUCGAUGAGCUCGUCGAGGACGCGACGACCCUCGGCGAGACCCGCCCCAUGGGUGGAGGCAGCGCACCGCGCCCGACGUCGCCGGGAAAGACCAAGCCUGUGGCGUUCUCAAAGCCGUCCUUCUCGAGCGACCUCCCCAUGUCGCUCGCCAUGUCCUUCUCGACCGUCAACUCGUCCAUGCGGCUCUCGCCAUCCAAGCAGUUACUUGACACGACCAGCUCCGACGCUGUCUGGAGCCUAAAGGAGGUAUUCCUCGCGCAAGAUGCUGGCGACGAUGUCAAGAUCGGAACCGUCGAGCUUCAUACGAGCGCCAACCUCAAGGCGGCGAGAGAGCUUAUCGCCCGGUUUCUUUCGAGCGCUCCCAAGGGCUUUGUCUUCGAGACAGAGGACGGGGUCCUCGACGCGCACGUGGAGAGCACAGUGCUCCUUCAAGACGCCUUUCCCAGUCGCAUCCGUCUGCGAGCACUCCAGCCGUUAACGUCCAAGGAGGCACAGCAGCGGCGGAACUUGGUCAAGGAGCGGCAACAGGCCGCGUUUGAGCAGUUUGUCCAGCGCCGGACGCAGGAGCCCAAGCCGCAGGAGGCGUACAAACCGGAGGUCAUCGAAGCACCCGUCGUGGUGCCCAAGUUUGCGUCCGUGCAGGAGCCCGUCGUUGUUGUCGCGCCGCCAAAGCCCCCCAAGCACGUGCUCUUGUCGACGGUGCAAACACUAGCUGGCCACGAGUGCCACAUCAAAUUCAUUUACUUUCCGACGCUGGAGCGCGUCAUCUUGCGCACGAAAGUGGUGGGCUGCCCGUUGCCUGUGACUUUGGCGAUCCACGAAGACGAGUUUCGGAAGCUUGUCGGCGCCACGGACACCACGUUGUUGCUUGACUACGCCUUGGACGAGGUCAACACACAGUCGAUCCUAAGCAACUUGACCUUGCUCGUGCCAGAGGAUGCCCAUGGACUGUACCAGAUGCGCCUCAAGCGAUAUGUGCACGCGGCCAAGCCGCGGAAAGAGCCAGCGCCCAAACACCACGAAGAAGAAGAGAAGCCGCCGAUUGUUGUCGAGCCACCGCCCGCAGCAGCACCACCAUCGACAGCGCCCGAGCACGUGAAGUACAUCCGCGUGGUCAAGUCCCCUCGAAAAGAAAAGCCAGCGCCCACCCCGCAGGUGGCACCAGUCAUGGAGCCUAAAAACGUCGUUCCGGCCCAAGACAAUCCAGAUCCACCGCGCCGCAAGACGUCGCACCCCAAGCCGUCUGAGAAGACCGUAUCGCCGCGGCGGGCCCCUCUCGAACAAAAGGCGCCGGCACCUGCUGUCGAGUAUCACACUGUGGAGGCGGCGCCCCCGCGACAUCAUCGACCAGUCCACACGGCGCCCGAGAAGUCAUCGCGCGAUGAGCACCACCGCCGGCUUCGUGCAAAUCUCGAGGCGGCGUCACGCAGCUCCAUUUCUGCGAUCGACGACGACAAUGUGGUUCCGGAAGCGGCGCCCGCGGUCAAUGCGGUGUUUGUCCAACUCGCAAUCCAAAAGCUGCGAUCGGGCCCGGAUAGGGUAUCGUCCCUGCACCACGGCGACGGACACAAAGAUGAUAUUGACCGCUUGUACGCAGCAUCUAACCCGCGCUCGAUCUCGCUCUCGCGCCACUGCCUCAUCUCAGUGUUCUGGGACUACCUCUCGGCGCAAGCGAUUCUCAUUCCGGCGCAUCCGAUCCAGUACGCGCUGGCGGUCUCGGAAGACUCGGGGGCCUCAAGCCACGUGGCUCCACUCCUCGCGCUCGCGAUCGAGGACGAGAUUGCCGCGUGCGACGCGGGCCACGUUCGCGACAUCCAGCACGACUGGCGUAAAGCCGUGAUGGACGACGUCAUCGCGAUCGCGCACCUCAUGGAGAAGACUACCGAGUGGGGCGAGGUGGAAAUCCGUACCCUCAGAACGUUUGAAACCAAGCUGUCGCUCACAUGCCACGUGUCCCGCUGGAUCCUCCCGAGCUAUUUGCGCGCCGCCAUCUUUGAAGGCGUCUUCCCGCUGCUGAGUAUCAAAGAGAUGCCGCUCGAGACACCGUCUCUGAGCUACAUUUCGGCAAAAGAGAUGGCGUUCAAGCCGCAGCUACUCAAGAAUUACACCCAACUCGAGCCUAAGCUGCACGCGAUGCUCGAGUUGCUCUAUAUACUCGCGUAUUCCUACUACCAUUCGCCGCGCUGCACGGAGAAGCACUUGCGGCACUUUGCAACGCCCGCAACGUCGCCCGACGACCGCGUCGGGGUCAUUUUGCUAGCGAUUGACGAGCGCCAGGUGCGUCUCAAGGAGGCCCGUUUCGCGUUUACAGACGUGACAUCGCACGUGUAUCUCGAGCGCAUUCUCGUACUUGAACCGCGUCUCGCCCACGUACACCCGGUCGUCAAGGCGAGCAAGCUCCCGUCCUUCUUCAAGGAACUCGCCGUGUACUUGAUCAAGAUGUUCCGAUUGUAUCGUGCCCACCUUGAGAGCGCCUUUCGCGUCCGUGACAGUGUCCAGAUGGCCCAGAGCAUGCGCUUCCUCCUCGAGCUCGUCAAGGCGCACGUGCACGAAGCGGCGACGGCCGAUGCUCCCAGUCCGAUCGGAGAAUACCUCGUGAGUGCCUUGCAGCCGCGGCUCGGUUUUGACAAGAUCAACAUUGAACGCACCCGAUUGCACUUGCCACACGUCGUGCUUCAAUCAGAGUUUUGCCUUGCAGCGCACGCCCACUGCGUCGCUCUAAGCACGUCGGACGCGACGCGGCGCCGCGCUCGUUGGGACAGUGCGGCCGACAUCCCGUCGACGACACUGCAGCGUUUCUUCUUCAAGGGCGAGCAUGAGCUUCUUUGUGAGUUUGUGCUACUGUCGACACUGCCCGACCAAACGAUCCUGUCCGAGCCCGUUGACGAAAGCAAAGACGACGUCGAUCGUCAGCCCACACCGUCGGACUGGGAGCAGCUCCACGCCAUGUACGUGGACGAGGUCGUUCGGCUUUGGACGUACCUGCUCAACGGGCACCAACAAAAAGGUCACGAUGGUUUCCGCGUCAACGUGGCGUUCGGCCUCAACAUUCGGCACGCGACUGGCUCGGUCUUGACCCCCGAGAUGCUGGCGAAUACGAAUGUGAGCUUUUUCCUCCACCACCCAGACGUCCAGUCGGUCGCAGUAGCGUUUGCAGUCUCGGACCAGCUCUUGCGUGUUUCGAUUCGCUUUUACAAAGAGCUGGCGUCGUCGACUCGGCACGCUACGGCGACGCACCGUCCGAGUACGACGGGGCGCCAUGAGAGCAACGCGUUCAACCAAGCACUAGUGCAGCUCGGCGCCUUGCCGGCCACAGCUAUCAGCGUCUUUCUCUUGCAGAGAGGACUGCAGUUCAUGACGCAAAAUCUGUUUGGUGAGCGCCAGAACGCGUGGGACAGACUGCCACGGGGCCGGGCGCUCUACGACACGCUCAUCGAAGGCCGCCUUACGACGCGUUACGCCGAGGAUCUCAUGGAAAUCGCACUCGACAAGAUCUUUGCUGCGAUUGGCGACAACCCUUCGCUUUUGACGCCCGAGAUUGUGCAGUUGCUAGUACGGAUCCUCGAGCGCGCCAACAACGAUUGCGUCGAUAAGGAUGGAUCGACGUCCGCAGUCCAGUCAACCACCGAUUUUAUCGCAGUAGGAACAUUGCGCUUGUUUCAAAACCUCUUGGCACCUCCAAAACAAACUGUGCCGGCCGUCCCGAGUCUCUCGUCCGUCGUGACGUUACCCCCGCUCACGCAAAAGCAGAAAUGCUUUAUCGAUUGCGACGGACUCGGCUUGCUCCAUGACAUGCUGUCUGCCCCGUCAUUCCUCCCGACGACUGCGUUUGUCGAUGACAACACGACCAAGGCCAUCUGCGAAGCGCUCAUUCGACAUGUGCUCCUGACGCGCGAAAUGUGUGGGCCCAGCCGCGCGCUCAUUGUGCAUCACACGCUCUGGACAGCGUACAUAUUGCCGCGCAUCGAGACCGACGAGCUCGAAGUGUACACAAGCGCCAUACUCCAAGCGAUCGGUGACGUGCUCCUCGGAGCCAAGGACAAGCACAUGGUAUCAUAUCUGAUCCAAUGCAGCUGCGGCUGCCCCCGCAACCGCCACUGGACAAGCGAUGUGUAUGAAGCCAUGACGUCGCUCUUCUUGGACUUGAUUGGCACCAAAGCCGGCGUCCGCUGGGCCCAGGAGCACGACAUGGCGGGCGUUCUAGCGUUGUUGAAGCCGCUCGAAAUGUUUUACAUUCAGCUGCUGCGCGACGCGUCGGGGCUCCAAGCGCGCUUGCUGCGCACGAUCUACCUCCUCGCGCGCCGCAUCAAGAUCCUCGACAGUCUCGUCAAGUUUUUCGACAUCGUGCCCACAGCGCUCCUCGGUUUGUACUCGCGCGGAAAAGUCCCGCAUUUGAACGUCGAGAUCUUGCGCGUCCUCGCUUCCCUCCUCCACCUUGGGCUUCUGCGCAAGGUGCCGCAUGUUGCUGUCGGCGUCUACGGCGCGACCGUGACGGAGCUCUCGCUGCUCCUCGUCGACGCUAUCAAUCCGCAUAUGAUGGACGCCUUGCUCUCGCUCAUCGCGGACGAGCACCAUGCGAGCUUGGCACUGGCCACAAAAGCCACGGACCUCGACGGGCGAAUGCCGAGUCUUCUUAUGCUCUUUGUGAAUCUUCUCGACACCAAGCUCGACAAGGCGCUUGUCGUAUUGCAGUUGCCCGCGCUCAUGAGUCUCAUCUGUCUUUGCUACGACCCGACCAUCGCGCUGAUUUGCACGAAGGACAAUGUCUUGGCCAAGGUGCUCGACCUGCACGAGACGGUCUCGACGUCGUUCAUUUCGACCAAGCAGCAGCUGUGUAUUUGGGUCGCCGCCCUACUUUGCACACACAUUUCACUCCACUGCGCCGCUGCCAGCUAUGUGAGCGACCAGACGAUGCGGCGCGUGCUCAAGCACUCGUACGCAAGCAUUGCACGUAUCAACCGAAGCCGGUCCAACGGAUUCGACGCUUAUGUGGGACGCGUCAACCGCCAAGGCACCAUCGAUGUCUUCGAGCCGCCACCCGUCGCGGGAAAGCGUCCCAUGCACGACAUGACGCGGGUCCUCACGUCCCUUCGAUCCAAGAUGCAGGCGAUUGAAACGGAUCCUGGCAGCGCCCGCGACGACAUUUCCAAGCAAGACCACUUGCUCGAGUGGGAAGAGAACCUCGAGGCAGGCAUCGCAGACCGAGACGAUCGCACGUCGACGCUGUACUCUAUCCUCAUGUGCGCACUUUCGUGCAUGACGUCGAGUGUUGGCGCCGUUAAAGAGUCGCGCGAGGUCAUCGUCGUCGCCCAGUCCAUCACGGGCUACUUUAUCGCCGAGGAGCUCACGCCGCCAGAGUACAUUGUCGCGACCUACUGCUUUGCGCUCAAGAACAUUGUGUUUGCAGCGUUUCGCGCCGCAUCGCUCAACGAAAUCUGGGAGCAGCAGACGCUGAUGCAGUUUCUAAAGAAGCUCUUUGGCUUUGUGCAAGCUAAAAAGCCCGCGGCCAACACCAUCUCGCUCGGUCAACAGUUUGCGCUGGAGCUUUUAUGGGGUCUCGUGCUCAUCUCGAAAGGCAAGGAGGCGUGGUUUCUCAAGGAAGACUUCUCGGACGCGCCACAGCUGCCGCUCGUCAUUGCGCCACUAAAGACGAGUAUCUCCGUGCUGACGCGCGCGCUUGUCGACGACGGCACGAAGCCGCCGCCCCUCAGUUGCGCCAAGCUCAAGGUCCUCGGUGACGCCGCCGCCAGCACGGACCCGAUCGUGGCAGAGUACACUUGCGCCGUGCUCGCGACGCUGAUUGAGGACCCCAACAUUGCGCAAUUUUUCUUGACGGAAAUUGGCUACAAUAAGCUGCUCAUCAUGGUGCAACAGCAACAAAACAAGGCAUCGACGCGUCAUUUGCGUCUGCUUGAAGACGGCAACGAAGAGUUGGACCCGGACCCGACCGUUGACAACUCGGAAGCGACGCGCCAAGUGAGUGGCGCCAAUCUGCUGUACGACGCCAAGCACAAGGCCAGUCGCGAGAUGCGCGCAUUGCUCCAGCUACUGCGCCUCAUUGCAGUGUGCAUUCGCGUCGUCGCCAAAACCGAGGCCAUCGAGAACGACGCAAUCACCAAGUUCGAGAAACGGACCAAAGACACCUUUGUGAGCUUGCUGCACCAGAUGAAGGACCCGCCCGUGCUCGUCCAAGUGCUAAAUGGCAUUCGGCAUUUGAUUCCGCUUGCGCCAACGCACAACUUUGACGUGUACUUUGAGCGGCCCGAUUUUGACCGAGUGUACCACCUUUGCCUGGACCCGACGACGUCCGAGAAGGUCCAGGUCGCGGCGCUACGCUGUGCGCGCUUCCUCUUGCGCAAGUACGCGAUCAACACGUGCCUCGCGCGCAUGCUCUUUGACGCCCGCAUGCCCGUGGUGCUACUCUUUGGCCACAUUCACAUCAAGAUCCAGAUCGAGGCUGUCUACUUGCUCUUUGAAAUUUCGAUGAUCUACGUCAACAAGAAGCAGCGGCGGGCACUCGCGCUAAUCUUCGACGCACCCGAGACACGCCCGAUCCUCGCGGGGCUCUUUACCAAAUUUGAGCUUCUCAUGCAAAGCAAAGCGUCGAAAGCACAUGCGCAGCUGCUCAUGGACAUUCUUAUUCGACUCAUCAUCCAGCUCGACUUGCUCAACUGCGUCAACGAUGAUUUUCUUGUCGAAGCCAUUUGCCACAUGAUCGAGACCAUCUCGCUCGACACCAAGCCGACGCAAACGGUCGACCAGCCCAACUUGCAUACGCCGCUGCGGCCGAUGCUCUGCGCGGCGCUCGCCAAGCUCGUUUCCAAGGGCGACAGCGCGUCACACUUCCUUCAGCUGUCGCGCAUCGACACGAUCGUCAAGAUCCUGAGCCAAGAGUCGACGUUGGGCGAGCUCAUGGAUUUGGCGUGUAUUCUACUCACCCUCGCGUCGCAAGAGACGGCCAUUGCUGCGUACCUUGGCACGUCAGCGCCUCAAGCGAUCAAGCACAUUGGCCACGUGCUCGGUAGCUUCUAUGAGCUGCAAAUGGUCAACAGCGGUUCCGAUGCCCGAGCUGCGUACGACGACGAUGGAGAUGACGUCAGUAAGGCCGAAGUGCUCGACGAAGACGAGAACGACGCGAGUACAUCUGGGACGUCGGAGUAUCGCAAGUUUCGAACAGUGAAACAUCGGCUUCUGCUUAAGAUUUUUUUUCCAAAGACCGAAGAACUCAAGGUGUCGCGCCAUUUGCACCAGAUUUACAAAUAUGUACAUUUGACCUCAACUACGUGCGCUUAG